AAAAAAAUAGUGAUCAGAGGCUUUGACAAAAGCCACACAAUUCUCUUUCACUUAUCUUCCUCCACCCAAUCCAAAUUGCGAUAGAGAUCUCUUUCGAAUCCACGCGCCUUCAUCAACCUCACUCCACUCUCUUCUCAAUUCUCAUGAAAAUUCAUCUUCAGCCUUGACCCCAGAUAGGUUUCAGACAAAACCCGUUAUUGUAACUCUGCUGGUGUUCAAGUCUUGUUGCCUGAAUCUCCUCCUUCUUGCUAUGAGAUUGCUAUAAGAAUCCAAAACUGACCAAAAUGUUUCCCCUCUGCUCGGCUGCAAGCUGCCAUUACCAUUCUCAGCUUUUGUAUCAUGGAAACUGGCGAGGUUGUUCUUCCUUAAGGAGAGAGUCUAUUCACAGAUGCAGCUCUGGUGAUACUUCCUUCUUUGGCAUUUCUAAUGGAACACAAAGCUUGCAGAAGAGUUUCUUAACUCAAGCCACUGGUAGAUUCUUCACCGCUACUAUCGAAAACACGGAGAAAACAGCAUCCACGUUCAGAAACUUGUGUGAGAAUGAGUUGGAUAGGAUAAACUACAUGGUUUAUGACAUGAGAGAUGUAAGAAAUGGGGGACUAACAUAUGUCGAAAGUACAUCAGAUGUUUCACCUGUUGAAGCUGUUGUAGCAGAUGGUUCCCCUCUUGAAGCUAUUGUAGCAGAUGUUUCACCUGUUGAAGCUGUUGUAUCAGAUCUUUCACCUGUUGAAGCUGUUGUAACAGAUGCUUCUCCUCUUGACGCUAUUGUAGCAGAUGUUUCACCUGUUGAAGCUUUAGUAGCAGAUGUUCCCCCCGUUGAGAACCCUGCUGCUGAGACUUUAACCGAAAGCACCAGCAGCCUUAUAGUCUCGGCUGAACCGGGAACAGGAUCAUCUGUUGAUAUAUCUCCGGAUACUUCUCUAUCUCUGCCUGAUCCUACAGAUCUCAAUCAAGAGUCACUUCCCGACGUGAAAGCUAGCUUUGAUGACUUCUCUUCCGGGGUAAAAGACUCCUUCAGCUCUUCACUGAACCAAGGAGAAAACGCUGUGAAGAACACAUUGGAUUCCUUCUCCUCUUCCGUGACAUCCAUUACAAAGAAUGCUUCCGAAGCUGUAGACAAUGCAUUUAAAACUGCGUUCUCUACGCUAGACCAAACAGGAGAUGUAGCUGGAGACAAGCUCUCUAGCUUCUCCGGUGGCUUGAAGGAAGCUUCAAACGGAGCAGCUUCUUUAGCCAUUGAUUUAUUGAGGCAAUCAAUUAGUACUGCAGAGAGGUCUGUAGCAAAUGGAGUUUCCUUUGCUGCCUACUCUUAUGGAUCAGCAAAAGAGUUACUUCCUCCAGAUGUUAAGAGUGCCAUUAACUCAUCUGAAGAUGUUGCUCUAAAAGUGUUGAGGCCCCUAGGAGCUGUCUUGGAGCAGGUAUAUGCUGCCAUUGGAGGUUUGGAGAGAAACAUUGGUUUGAAUCCAGAUGAUCCAAUCAUUCACCUUGUCCUCAUCGUAGGAUCCACAGGAACCUUUUGGGUUCUAUACCGGGUUUGGACAUAUGGUGGAUAUGCUGGAGAUUUGUCUCCAAAGUCAACACUUGAGCUUCUAACAUCACGAGAAAAGCCAGUGCUUGUAGAUGUCAGGCCUGAGGCCUUGAGAGAGAAAGAUGGAAUCCCUGAUCUGCGGAGAGCAGCUCGUUUCCGAUAUUCUAGUGUGGCACUGCCUGAGGUUGAGGGUGAUGUUAAACGGCUACUGAGAGGUGGAAGAGAAGUUGAAGAUGCCUUGGCGGCAGUUAUCAUCAAGAAUUUGAAAGCAGUUCAGGACAGGUCAAAGGUCAUUGUUAUGGAUGCUGAUGGAACUCGCUCUAAGGGCAUUGCAAGAGCCUUGAGAAAACUUGGGAUUAAGAGGCCAUACUUGAUGGAAGGUGGGUUUAGAUCAUGGAUUAAAGAAGGUCUUCGUGUGAAAGAACCAAAACCUGAGACAACACUUACCAUCCUCAACGAGGAAGCUGAGGCGAUCCUUGAGGAAAUAAAUCCUUCUCCAUUGCAAGUAGCUGGAGUUGGUGUGGGGGCUUUGGCAGGAUCGUAUGCUUUAUUUGAGUGGGAGAAAACACUGCAACUUAUAGCUGUCAUUGGCCUUGGUUUGACUAUAUACCAACGUCUUGCUUCAUAUGAUGACUCGGAAGAUUUCAAACAAGACGUCAGGCAAUUGUUUACACCGGUGAAACUUGGAGCUCAGGCUUUCUCAUGGGCUGCAGGGAAACUUGAGACAAAUGGUGUUGGCCUCCCAACUUCACCUUCUUCCUCAGAUGUUCGGAGCCGAGUUUUGCAGGCUGCUGCUAAGCAUGAGUCUCAGCCGUCUGAUGAAACUUCUGAAGGUCUCCAAGAUGCAUCAUCAUCCUCAUCCUCAGGAGAAGCUUUGAACAACGCUGAUGUCUCAGAAGCCUAAAUGCUCCAACUUUUAUUUUAUUUAUGGUUCAUUGUAUGUAACUGCUAUGUUAUUGUUCACUGCAACUGCCAAGAAUUACUUUGCUGGUCGCGAAAGAAAUCUCUAAAGGAGCAUUCGUAUGUUAUCCA